UUCCUCAGUCUUGACUGUGAAGUCAAGUUAAGAUGAUACCGUUCCUCGUAUACCUCUGCUUUUUAAUCGGUGCUCGUGAAACAACAUUGCCGGUGAACAAUGGAGCCUUAAAUAGUCUCACAUCUGUCUUGGGUUUGACACUUCUACCCAUUGGAUAUGCUGCAGGUCCAAGAUACGUGCCAAAAUGGAAGAAGCAAGCAUGUGAAUUACCAGCAACACAACUUCCAAAUUCAAAUUAUGAUUGCGAUGAAGCCGGGGAAGUCAAGUGUCUACCGGGAUGGACCGGGGAUCUUUGUGACGUUCCAUUAUGUCGAAAGGGGUGCGACCCUAUUCAAGGAUACUGUCGUCGGCCUGGCGAAUGCCGCUGUAAAUUGGGAUUUUAUGGUGAUACUUGUGGCAAAUGUGUCGCUCUUCCUGGCUGUCAACAUGGCAGAUGUAAUGUGAGCUUCGAGUGCGUUUGCGAUCCUGGAUGGAAGGGAUUAUUUUGUAACGAACCUGCCUGCGCUUCUUAUUGUAAUCCUAGCCAAGGAUAUUGUGACAGACCCGGCGAGUGCAAAUGCAGACUUGGCUGGCAGGGACCAGAAUGUAAACAGUGUGCCGUUUUACCGGGAUGUGUUCAUGGAAGUUGUAAAGGACCUCUCGAAUGUCGAUGUGAUCCAGGAUGGACAGGAUUCUUGUGUCAAACUCCGGUAUGCGCUCAAGGUUGUAGUCGAGAACACGGCAGUUGUCGGAGGCCAGGAACUUGUAGGUGUCGAAUGGGUUGGACAGGUCCAAAUUGCACAGAGUGCUUUCCUUAUCCUGGCUGUGUUCAUGGUACCUGCAAAAGGCCAUGGGAAUGCAGAUGUCAGCCAGGCUGGACCGGAGACCUUUGCGAAGAAAAACUCACCUACUGCGACCAGCAUGAUGACCUAUGCAAAAACAAUGGCACCUGCAUCAGCAUGACGAAAGAAGAUGGCAAUUACAGAUGCAUUUGUCCAUUUGGUUUCUCUGGACGUCAGUGUCAAUUUGAAAUGCAAAUGCCGGAUAUGGAAUUGAAACCACCAAAGCCAGACACACUUCCUGAGGUGGGAAUUUUAGUCGAUGAUGAAGAAUUGGGAGGUAAACCGCAAGCGGAAAUUAAUCCGGAUAAAGAAAAAGACGAAACUUUAGAUAAUAAUGAGCCCAGUGUUGUGCUCAUAAAACCAAUUGUUAUCACGACCGCUCCGGAAAUUGAUCCUGCGGCUACAGCAGGCAAGUGGCCAACAGAACGACCUACAGAAUCGCCGUCUAGCGAAAGAGAUGCUGAAAAUGAAACUUAAAUUUUCUACUAAAAAAAGAAAAAUACCUAUGUAUACAAGUCAAUUAUCAUUUUAUACAUUCCUCAAAGAUUAUGACUUUUUUUAAAAUUAUUGUUAUGAUAAUAUAUCCUUGACAGGAUAAUUAAUUUCAAAACAUUUUAGAUCUUUUAUUAAUAAUAGUAAUUCUAUAAUUUUCUUAACAAUUUUUUAUGGAAAUUAAUUAAUUUGGGUCUAAGAAAGAAAAAAAUGCCCUUUUGUACUAAAAGUAAGAAUUGUAAAAAAGAUUGGAAUUUAUUACAACAGUCGUAACACAAUUCUUAUGACAAUAUCAAUGUUAAGAACUAGAUAGCAUUAUUAUUAUUUUGUUUCUCCACAAGAUUCUUUAAAGUUUCCAAAAUAUUGUACAUUUAAUAUUUAUUUAAAAAUUGUUAAUUAUUCAAUUAAUUUCAUAUUAUAAUAAUUUAUUAUUUAUUUAAUCGUACACGAAAAAACAAAAAUUUAUCUAUAACAGCUGAAACAUUCACUGAAAUAUCUAUAUUUAUAACUUUUGAUGCUUUGAAAAAAUAAUUACAAGGUUGCAGUAAAUGUUUCAGCAAUAUCUAUGUACAUAUUUUUUAACGUGUUUUAUUUUGUGUAUUAAUUUAGAAAAAAAACUUCGACUCAUCACAUGCAAAAUACAAU